CAUUGCGUGCGCCACCGCACCUCCGACGAGGUGAACGCCACCAAUUUGGUGCGCGUCGAGCCCGGGUGUAAGACCAAGGCAAGCAACGGGACGGUUCAAGGCCAGCCGAAGCACUGCGCGCGCCACCGGCAGCCCGGCGAGAAGGACGUCAUUAACAAGCGCUGUCCAAACUGCACCGUGAUGCUCCAGAGCCAGACCAAGCUCUACCAGCCCUACUGCUUUCGGUGCUUCCUCGUGCUGAACCCGACGGUCGAGGUGUCCCGACAGUACCUCGUCAAGGAAGAGGCGUUCAUGGAAGAGCUGACCGACAGCAUUCCCGAUAAUGACCCUGAACAAGACGAUCGCUGGUGGUUCCUCGCCCCGCCGACCAGAUGA